GCUGUCGGUGUUGCUACACACCAACAUCACCAGCACCACCAGCAUCACCACGGAGCAUUCAGGCUAGGAUGACGGCCGUCUCACCCGUUUCCACUCACAGUUAUCACUGGCGCAGUGAGUCUCGUCAGACACAGCAGACGGAUCCGCAAAUGCGAACGGACUCGCGUGCAUCCAAUCCUCCCGAUCCGGUGGAACGACAUGUGCAACGGUGGCGUAGCGAGAGUCGUUCAAGCAACAAAGUUUUCCGUAACGAUGAGGAGCCAAGCCAACAAGACGAGAUCGUUAACGGAACUUUGACGGCAUUAAAAGAUGACGUCGAACAGACUACUGAAGUCAUCAGACGGAAACACAACCAAAUGCGCAUGGAACGUCGACAGUUCCAGACAGAAAUGGAAGUGACAGGCCGAGUAUCAAUUUCACCCACAGAUGAAUGGCUCAGUACAAGACUUCGGGCUGUCUCUACCGAGGACAUGAACAAAGAGCUGGGAAAAAUUAAGGAUGAUCAGCGACAAAACGCUGUUACGGACACUUUGGCUGCACUUGUAUACGACGUGAACGCUACGGCUGAAGUGCUCAGACGAGGUGGACCAGGAAAGGAUAGAGGCGGCCGAAAAAGUCAGCAGAAGGAGGAAAUCGAGUACCGUUUGCGCCUUACUCCAGCGCCAGAAGAGGAACGACCUUUCCCGGCUCCACGGAAGCGAGAAAAUAUCCCUGAGGAGAAGGUCACCGUGGACGAAGUCUCUCGUGACUAUGGCAUGGCUUUGAGCGAAAGCCAAACCAACAGUCUUCGUCGUACUCGAGCAAGAUCGGAAACACCUCGAAGAACCUUACAAAUCGAGGGUUCGCCGCCACCGAUGGCGCCAGUGGUCUGCGCAUACUGUAGCGAAGAAAUUGACGGGCCGAUUUUGACCGCAUUGGCACCAAAUUCGGAACGAGCGCAAAAGUUUCACACUUAUCACUUUAUGUGCUGUUAUUGCCAAAAGGCACUAAAUAUGCACGGAACGUUUAGGGAACAUGAUAGGAAACCAUACUGUCAUGACUGUUUCUACAGGCUCUACAAUGGCUUACUGUAUGAGCCAGACGUACAUCAGUCAACUAUUGAAAAGCUCAUCUAAAUUCUCAACUUUUGCCAAAUUGUGUGUUCGAUCAUUAGUUCUGCAAUACUUGCCAAAAUGUCAAUGAUUUCUCAUAAAUGCUAUUACUCGUACAAAAGCCUUAAAUUUGAUCUAGUAUUGAUUUUUAUUGUAGCUCUCUGAGUCAUUAUCACUGUAAACAUUGAGUAUGAAAGUUUGUUGGAUUGCUGCCAAUAAAGAAUUCGCU